AAUAGAAAAUGAAACUGAAAUUAAUAUUUUCACAAAAUUAUAAUAUGUAAAGAGAAAUAUGGCGUCCAUACAAGGAAGUGACAUGGAAAAACAAUCAGACGAAACUUUUCAAUUGUUAUGUUCACCUUGUAAACGUAAGGAGAGGAAUAAAGAAGCGGACAAAUAUUGCACGGACUGUAACGACUAUUAUUGUUCAGAUUGUGUUAAAUUUCAUGAAGAUAUUCCUUUCCUAUCUGGACAUAAGAUCCUAGACAAAGGUCAAUCCGGAGAGGGAAAAUGCAAGAGUUUGCCUAUAGCUCCAACGGAACGAUGUGAGAGGCACAGAUUUAAACCUGUUGACAUGUAUUGUCAAAAUCACGAUGAUGUCGGAUGUUACACCUGUAUGGCAGUAGAUCACAGGUCAUGCAAAGAUAUUUUUGAUAUACCCGAGUUCGUUCAAAACAACAAAGCACAUACAGACUCGAAAGAAAUUCAAGAAGAAAUAAAGACUGCUAAAAGAGAUCUGAUUGAAACGCUUGGCAAAUGCAAAGGAGAACGAGACCGGUUACUUAAAUGUAAGGAAGAAGCAUUGCAUGCGGUACAGGACUUUAGAAAGGAAAUUGACAAAAGACUAGACAUAUUAGAACAAAACAGUAUAGAUUCAAUAGAGAAGAAAUACAAGUCCAUCAUCGACAAAAUCAACGACGAAAUACAGCUCCUCGAAAAUACACAAAUUGAAGUUGUGUGUGCCAAGACAAACUGACAUCAUUCGGAAGCAAUAUUUCGCAGGAUUUUGUUGCUUCUAAGCUCGGUAAAAGAGUCGCGGAAAGUGCUGCAAAAUGUAAAGAAGAAAUAACUAAAGGGAAAAAUGAAAUCAAUAUUAAAUUCACAAAAGAUGAAAAAUUGUUGACUGUCUUAGCACAUACGGGUACUUUUGGAAGAAUACGACAGUCGAAUGGCCCCUUCAAAGUCAAGGAAAAGAAGACAUACUACAUCAGGCACCAAUCUGACAAACAAGCAUGCAGUAUCAGUAGCAUGUGUAUACUCGAGGAUGGCUCUACAAUACUUGCUGACUGUAAUAACAAGAAUCUGAAACGUAUUGAUAGCAUGUACACUAAUGUAGAUGUGUGUGAUCUACCAGAAGACCCAUAUCAAAUCUGCGCCAUCUAUAAACAGGAUGUUGCUGCUAUAGCUGCUAACAGAGAGAACAUUUAUUUCAUUUCAGUUACAAAUGAAAUGAAGAGAACAAAAGUAACAAACUUGGAUCAUAAAUGUUAUGGAAUCGCUUAUGCAACUGAUAAUUUGUACGUUGCGGAUUCGCGUACGAGUGUUUUUAUCUACAGCAUGACUGGUACAAAGCUUAAAGAAUACACCAGAGACCAGACAGGGCAAGCUUUGUUUGAUAGUAUCUACAGUUUAUCUGUUAGUACUGACGGUAGAAGGAUCUGUGUGGCUGACUUUAAGUAUGGAGUUGUUGUUCUUAGGGCGGAUGGCACAUUGCAAGGAAAAUAUGACUGUUCUGAACUUACACAUGUACAACGUGUUUGUUUUGCGGACGAUGGAAGUUUUUUGGCGAGUGGUAAUAAUAACAACUGUAUUUUACAGUUUACUUCACAUGGUGAAAAACUGGGAAAUGUGUUAUCUUCUGACACUGGAAAUGAAGCUUGUAUGUCUAUUUGUUUCGAUCAAAGGAACUGUAAGCUUCUUGUUGGUCGCAGUAACAAUGAUGAAAUCGACAUUUACAAUCUGAUUUAAAGAAAUGAAUGCUAAAAGUAUAAAAUAUCGCAUUAGUACAUUAGAAUUUAAAAUAUGUAUAUAAUGUGUAUAUUAUAUUCUUUAAUAAAUCAAAAAUUAAAGCACCGUGUACACAUAACACAAAUAUAUGUAUAGCAUUUACAAAACUAAUUCAGAAAGAUGUCUUCCGAACUGAUGUGUCCUCUGGACGUACUGCUUUUAUUUUUAGUUUAAACAUAUAGUUAUCAGAAUUACACUGAUUAUGUUCGUAUCAUGACGACUAUCCUGUGACUUUAUUAGUCCAUGAGGAAAAUUUAAUUUAAUUUAUAGAACGAAUAACUACGUAAACAUAAGGUCACACAUUUCUAUCAUAUUGUGAACUGUCUGAAAUAAAAUAAAAGCAACUACAA